AUGUCUUCGGUUAGCCAGGUCUAUAUCGCCAUCAUUGGCGUCGGCGGUGUCGGCAAGUGUUUCCUAUCGCAGCUCCAGUCGUUGGCCACCCGCAAGCCUUCGCCCAAGCUGACGCUGGCCUACAUCGCCACGAGCCGUAAGGCCCUCUACAAUGACGACUACUCGGCCGUGGAGGUGAACGGCGUGACGGACGCGCUGUCUGCCUCGUCCAAGGCUCCCCUCGCCCUGCCCAAGGUGGUCGAGUACCUCGCCGACGCCCCCGCCAAGGUGAUAUUGGUCGACAACACGAGCUCCCAGGACGUGGCGGAGCUGUACCCGCUCGCCAUCAGCCGGGGCAUCAGCAUCGUGACGCCCAACAAGAAGGCCUUCUCGGGCUCGUACAAGCUGUGGGACGAUAUCUUCAAGGCGGCCUCGACGUCAGGCGCCAAGGUGUACCACGAGUCGUCGGUGGGUGCGGGUCUCCCCGUCAUCUCUACGCUCAAGGACCUCGUCGACACGGGCGACAAGGUGACCAAGAUUGAGGGCGUCUUCAGCGGCACCAUGUCCUUCCUCUUCAACUCGUUCGCCCCCACCUCGGGCCGAGGCGGCAAGUGGUCCGACGAGGUCAAGAAGGCCCAGGCCCUGGGCUACACCGAGCCCGACCCCCGCGACGACCUCAACGGCCUCGACGUCGCCAGGAAGCUCACCAUCCUCGCCCGCCUGGCCGGCAUCCCCGUCGAGUCCCCUGAGGCCUUCCCUGUCCAGAGCCUGAUCCCCAAGGAGCUUGAGUCGUGCGCCACGGGUGACGAGUUCCUCCAGAAGCUCCCUGAGUUCGACAACCAGAUGGAGGAGGUCAAGGCCGAGGCCGAGAAGGCCGGCAAGGUUGUCCGCUUCGUCGGAAGCAUCGACGUGGCCACCAAGUCGGUCAAGGUCGGUCUCGAGAAGUUCGACGCUUCCCACCCCAUCGCCGCCCUCAAGGGUAGCGACAACAUCAUCAACUUCUACACCGAGCGCUACGGUAGCAACCCUCUCAUUGUCCAGGGCGCCGGCGCCGGCGGAGAUGUCACGGCCAUGGGCGUGACCGCCGACCUGAUCAAGGUCCUGUCUCAGAUUGCGUAG